UACUCAGUCGCGCUCUCAGUAUUAUAACGGAAACGUUGCAUUUUAAUGCACGUUGCAUGUUACUUAUGCUGAUUAUAAGGAAAAAGUUCAAGAAAAUAAACAUGUUUUUGUUUGUGUUAUUCGCUACGGGUUUUGUUACAUCACUGGCGCAACAAACAGAAGCAUCAAAAAGUAAUUCCUGCAAACUCCCUUCUUACCCCAAACAUGGUAGCUACGUUGCUUUAGGAGAUUCAACGGGAGAACCUGGACAGACGUUUGACCAUGUAGCACUCAACGUUACCUGCGAUUCUGGUUAUCUUAUCAAUGCCAUAGAAAGCGCCGUGAUAUUUUGCUUAGAAGGAUUGUGGUCUUCUCAGAUCACUGACUGCACGCGUGCUUGCAGGCUCGUCAAAGACGCUAGCGUCAGCUACAUGUGCUUGCUUCAAAACUCUCAAGGCAAGAGGGAGUGCAACGAUCACGAACCAGAUGGCACAAUCGUGCAGGCUGUCUGCAAACCGGGCUACUCCACGAAUAGAUCGCUCUCUCACAUGAGGUGCAUCGACGGCAGCUGGGAUUACGUCGCUCAAUGUUCAGCAGAAUGCGGUCAGCUCCCAGAUUUCCCUCCGCCAUUGAUCCUGGAUGCUAAAAGCCAGAUGCCGCCGUUUGUUCCGUGGAAUGCCGCCAUUUACAGGAGCAGGAAGCUCUCGAACGAGCACAUCUGUGGUGGUGCACUGGUCACGAGAAAAGUCGUCAUAUCUGGUGGUCACUGCUUUUGGAGCUGGAAGGAUAAACGCGUAGAGAGUCCUGAUCAAUACGUAGUAGUUGUCGGCAACAAAUACAGGCCCUGGGCCCAUCCCGAUGACUUAAAUACUCAGAUGUCUCAAGUAUCAGAGAUCAAAGUGCCGCCCCGAUUCUUAGGUGUGGCGGCGAACUACCAGGAGGACAUAGCCCUGGUGGUGCUUACCACACCUGUGCAGUACAACGCCUACGUCAGCCCCGUGUGCCUCGACUUCGACCCAGGGUUUGAGGAGAGGCAACUUACCAACGGCAACGACGGGAUAGUAGCCGGAUGGGGUAAAGACUCUUCGGGAAUUAUACCCGCGUUGGUGAAAAUCAUCAAUGUCCCAUACUUACCCAUCGAUGAGUGCCUCGCCGUUGCACCAGCUGACUUCAAGGCAUUCAUCACAAGCGAUAAAAUAUGCGUAGGAUCCAAAAACGUUGCCACUGGCAUCUGCCGAGGCUUCGGCGGUGCGGGACUGGCGUUUCCACGCUUUGAAUUUGAGAGGGCCUACACAAAAUAUUAUCUUCGAGGCGUCAUCUCCUCAGCACCUAACACAGAAAACUGCACCAAUUACAUCAAUACAGUCACACAGUUGUCUAAACACGAGUUAUUUAUAAAACAACAGCUGGAAAAUUAUUAAAAAAUAAACGUAUCCUUACUUUUAUUGUAUUUAAGUAGUUUCAUUUUUA